AAAAGACACGCAACAAGGCUAAAAAUAAACUAGCUUUUGGAUUCAAAUAUACUGGGCAGGAUGGCGACACGGCGUAAAUGUCGUCAUUGAUCGGAUCGGCGAAUUAUGACAUUAAGGCGGAUCAGCCGAUCAGCAUAAAAUGCUAAUUAUCGGCCGAUACCGAUAAGGCCGCUAAAAUCGGUGUAAAGUCUAAUAAACGGUACAUCUCUUGCAUUGUUUGCAUUGGAUUUUACACCACAAAUUAUGUAACCUACACAGCCAACAAGCCAUUGUUGUAACCCGAUAGGCACUCACAUUGAACUUUUAGCAGAUAUUGUUUCAUAAUUUAUGUUGUUUAUUAUAUUAGCAUUGUGGACUUUGGUAUUUACACUCACUUCACAUGUCCAUUGAGCUAGCACUCUCAUCAAAAGUCAGCUGAGUUAUAAAAUAUAUAAUCAUUAACCUCUGAUCCAUCCCUGGCAAGUUCAUUUCUGCACAGUAACUGCAGCAGUGUUCAUGUUUAUGAUGACAUCCACGUGUGGGUCAUGUAAUGUUGAGGAUUUGUGUGAAGUGGGCCUCUACAAAACGGACACACGCACACAUUCACACAAGCAUAAAGUCAUCUGUGUUGCAUUACCAUGAAAAUAAGCACAUGGAAGGACACUGCUACAAAACAAAAGCACUAUGUACAAAGCAGCAAUUAUUUUUUUUCCACUCAUUUCUCAUUGCUUACGUGAAUUUUGAAAACAGAAAACAGGGGUUGAGCCGAACAGUCCCCACCCCAUUUCUGGAACUGAUAUGACAGUUCCAGAAAUGUGCUUAAUGGUGGAAAGUGGUGGAAAAACAACAGGAAGGGGAGGAGUGGGGGCUAAUGAGCUCACCCCCCUCCCGUUCCCUGAAAAACAUUCAAUUUUGGGCAGAAAGCAUUCCUCUCUUGCAUGCAGGGACAAGUCCCUCUCUUUCUGUCUGUCAUUUGCUCGCUCUCUCUCUCUCUCUCUCUCUCUCUCUCUCUCUCUCUCUCUCUCUCUAUUUGACUCUCUUUAUGCAAUUGUCUCCAUGAUCAGUUGAACUUUAGACACAUUUGUGAGUGGAGGAGUAUUCAUGGACUGACUGCUGCGAGCUGAAUUCUCUUAAUGACUGCAGUGUUUUAGUUUUGUCAUUCACCCCUAACAAUUUUGCCUCCAGUUUUAAAAGACUCAUGGCUCAAAGUCCCUCAAACGUCAUAUCCGGCCAUUGUCAUCCUGUGGGCGGACAUGAGAGAGUGAGGAGCUCUUGAGUGGAGCCACAGGGGUUUAGGCGUCAGAAGUUGACCGGUCUUCCAAGGUUCGCCUGAGGAUAUCUGUGAGGACCAUGUGCGCUGUUGUCCUGGAGGAGUACUGUGGGUCUGUCUUCUGGAACUCCUCAUACGUUGAGAGAGAGGAUCCGGACUUGCCAGUAUGUUUGGAACAGACGGUAUUGGUGUGGAUCCCAUUGGGCUUCCUGUGGCUCUGUACCCCGUGGCACCUGCUGGCUCUCUGCAGAAGGACAAAGGACAUCAGACACAUGUCCAAACUCUAUAUCAGCAAACAGCUUGUCGCAUCCCUGCUGUUCCUCACUGCCAUAGCAGGCCUGGCCAUCACUUUAGGAGAAGACUUCAGUCCAAGCCAAGAGAAACCUACACCAGAAAGGAAUCCUAUGGUGUACUAUACCAACCCCAUCAUUUAUGCUGUGUCAUGGGUUAUGGUGCUGCUGUGCCAAGAAGGGUUACGACGGAGAGCAUCAGUAGAUUCUGCCACUCUCUUCCUGUUCUGGUUCCUUGCAGUUCUGUGUGAUCUUUUCCCUCUGCAGACCAUCAUACGAGAGGCACUCAGGCAGGGAAAGUUCGUUGACCUCCCUCGAUUCUGCCUUUUCUGCAUCGCCUUUGGCCUGGAAGUGAUCUCACUCAUCCUCUCUGGCGUGGCGGACAUCUCUCCAGAAGCCAGGGAGGUUGUGAAAAAGAAUCCAGAGGCAGGUGCACCAUUUUUUAACAGAAUCACAUUCAACUGGUUUAAUAGUAUGGCGAUAAAAGGGUACAGGCAGCCCCUGGUUCAGGAGGACAUGUGGGCCCUGAAUGAGGAGGACACCACGGGUUACAUCAGCCAUCAUUUCCAGCAGUUCAUGCAGAUAGAGUUUGCUGCAGCCCGGCAUCGAUAUCAGAAGAGGCUAGCCAAAAAACAAAUCAAGACAUCCCAUAAUGAAGCAUUUAUAAAUGGACUCUCCAGUGGUCUGGGGAAAGGCGUUAGUCAGGACGUGUUGAUGAUGGAUGAUAGAGGCAAGAAAGAAGACAAAAAAGAAAAGAAAACCAAGAAAAAGAAGGAAGAAGAAAACUAUCCCACCUCAUGGCUCAUACCCACCAUCUACAAGACAUUUAAAUGGAUGUUGCUUGAAUCGGCCUUCUUCAAACUUCUGCAGGACCUGCUCUCUUUUGUCAGUCCUCAGCUGCUAAAGUUGAUGAUCACUUUCACUCAGGACAAAAGCAGUUAUGCGUGGGAAGGUUACCUAUUUGCGGUGUUGCUUCUGGUGGUGGCCGUCCUGCAGUCUCUCUUCCUGCAACAGUACUUCCAGCGCUGCUUUGUGCUGGGAAUGAAGGUCCGGACUGCUAUCAUGGCUGCCGUUUACAAAAAGGCGCUGGUGGUGUCUAAUGACACGCGUAAAGAGUACACGGUCGGCGAAACGGUGAACCUGAUGUCUGCUGAUGCCCAGCGCUUCAACGACGUGACAAACUUUAUCCACCUGCUGUGGUCCUGCCCCCUGCAGAUCGCCCUGUCCAUCUUGUUCCUGUGGCAGGAGCUUGGAGCGUCUGUUUUGGCUGGACUUGCAGUCAUGAUUCUCAUGGUACCAAUUAAUGGACUGCUAGCCACUAAGGCUAGAAAAUUCCAGAUCGAGAAUAUGAAAUUCAAAGACAAAAGACUGAAAAUCAUGAAUGAAAUACUCAAUGGGAUGAAGAUUCUGAAGCUGUAUGCAUGGGAGCCAUCCUUCCAAGCUCAGGUACAAGACAUCAGAGGCCAAGAACUGAACGUCAUGAAGAAGUUUGCCUACCUCACAUCUGUCUCCACAUUCAUUUUCAGCUGUGCUCCAGCUUUGGUGUCUUUGGCCACCUUUGCAGUGUUCGUAGGUGUGAGUUCAGACAACGUGUUGACUGCUGAAAAGGCGUUCACUUCCAUCUCUCUCUUCAACAUCCUUCGAUUCCCUUUGGCCAUGCUCCCCAUGCUCAUUGCUUCCAUUGUGCAAACAACGGUGUCCAGAAAGCGCCUUGAAAAGUUUUUGGGAGGCGAAGAACUUGAAAGUGAUGUAGUGCGCCAUGACACCAGCUUCUGUUCUGCUGUUAAUGUAUGCGAUGGUUCCUUUUCAUGGCAAAAAGAUGGCAUGCCGCAGCUUAAAAAUGUGAGUUUGGACAUCAAAGCGGGUCGGUUGGUUGCAGUCGUGGGAGCUGUCGGCUCGGGCAAGUCCUCUCUGAUGUCGGCCAUUCUGGGAGAGAUGCAUAGCACCAAAGGCUUCAUCAACAUUCAGGGUUCUCUUGCCUUUGUACCGCAGCAAGCAUGGAUCCAAAAUGCCACCCUGAGGGAUAACAUUAUGUUUGGCUCUCCCCUCGAGGAGAAGCGAUUCCAGGAGGUGAUCCAGGCCUGUGCUCUGGCUCCAGACCUGGAGCUUCUUCCUGGAGGUGACAUGACUGAGAUUGGGGAGAAAGGGAUCAACCUGUCAGGAGGUCAGAAACAGCGUGUGAGUUUAGCCAGGGCAGCUUACAGUCAGGCUGAUAUUUAUCUGCUCGAUGACCCCUUGUCUGCUGUGGACUCUCAUGUGGGGAAGCAUCUUUUUGACAAAGUGAUCGGACCUAAUGGAAUACUCAAAGACAAGACUCGUAUACUGGUGACUCAUGGGGUGAGCUUCCUGCCUCAUGUGGAUGAAAUUGUGGUCCUGGUCGACGGAGUGAUUUCCGAGGUUGGAUCCUACAACAGCCUCCGUGCUAGCAAAGGCACCUUUUGAUUUUUGGACACGUAUGCCAAAGAGCAGAAUAAUAAUAAAAAUUCCCCCAAAUCUGAGUCCGAGCAUGGCCAGGGUCUUGCAGAUGAGGACAUGGUCCCAGAAGGAGCUGACACCCAACCAGACUCCCCGUUGGAAGACACUGUAACUACAACUCUGAAGAGGGAAAACAGCAUCCGCCGCAGCCAGCGCAACAGCAGUUUUAGAGCAGCAGGAAACGGCUCUACAAGGAAAUCUGAAAAUGCGGGAGAAACAAACAAAGGCAAAAGGCUAAUCGAGAAGGAAGCUAUGGAAACAGGACAGGUGAAAUUUUCAGUUUACCUCCAGUACCUGCGGUCCAUGGGCUGGGGAUAUACUUGCACAGUCUUCUUGGUGUACUUCAUCCAGAACAUUGCAUUCAUUGGCCAGAAUAUCUGGCUCAGUGACUGGACUAAUGACGCAGUGGAGUACUACAACAUAACAUACCCUGCAGGAAAGAGUGACACCAGGGUGGGAGUAUUUGGUGCUCUGGGAGUGGUUCAGGGCCUCUUUGUGUUCCUUGGUACACUGCUUCUGGCCAAUGCCUCCGUUGCAGCAUCUCGAAUCCUGCACUCGAGGCUGCUCAACAACAUCUUGCGUGCUCCAAUGCUCUUCUUUGAUACCACACCCAUUGGAAGGGUGGUCAACCGCUUUGCAAAGGAUAUAUUUACAGUAGAUGAGGCCAUUCCACAAUCAUUCCGCUCUUGGAUCAUGUGUCUGUUGGGGGUGCUGGGGACUCUUUUUGUCAUCUGUCUGGCGACUCCUUUCUUCACCAUUGUCAUCAUUCCCCUGGCGGUGGUGUACUUUUUUGUCCAGCGUUUCUACGUCGCAACAUCAAGGCAGCUGCGCCGGCUCGACUCAGUGUCUCGCUCUCCCAUUUAUUCUCACUUUGGCGAGACUGUGUCAGGCCUAUCUGUGAUAAGAGCUUACAGCCAUCAAGAGAGGUUCCUCCAGCACAAUGAAAUCACCAUGGAUGAGAACCUAAAGAGCGUCUACCCGUGGAUUGUGUCAAACAGAUGGCUGGCAAUUCGUUUGGAGUUUGUGGGGAAUCUGGUGGUUUUUUUCGCUGCUCUGCUUGCAGUUAUUUCCAGAGAUAGUCUGGACAGCGGCCUGGUUGGCCUAUCCAUAUCCUACUCCCUUAACGUAACACAAACCCUGAACUGGCUUGUUCGGAUGACGUCAGAGCUGGAGACCAAUAUUGUCGCCGUGGAAAGAGUGAGUGAGUACAGCGUCAUUGAAAAUGAGGCAAAGUGGGUGACUGACACUCGGCCAGCAGAGAAUUGGCCUGAGGCAGGAAGACUGCAGUUCGAAAACUACAAGGUCCGUUAUCGACCCGGUUUGGAUCUGGUGCUGCAUGGCAUCUCCUGUGACAUUGGCUCCACUGAGAAGAUUGGUAUUGUGGGCCGCACAGGAGCUGGGAAAUCCAGCCUGACCAACUGUUUGUUCCGAAUCAUUGAAGCUGCCGAGGGUCGUAUCCUCAUAGACGGGGUUGAUAUUUCCAAAAUAGGCUUACAUGACCUAAGAAAUAACCUCACUAUCAUACCACAGGAUCCAGUGUUGUUCUCCGGAACUUUGAGGAUGAACCUGGAUCCGUUUGACAGAUCCAGUGAUGAAGAAAUCUGGAGAGUUCUCGAGCUCUCCCAUCUCAAGGAGUAUGUGACAGGGCUGCAAGACGGAUUGCAGCAUGAGGUUGCAGAAGGAGGAGAGAACCUGAGUGUUGGACAGAGGCAGCUUCUGUGUUUGGCUCGGGCACUGCUCAGGAAGUCCCGCGUAUUAAUUCUGGAUGAGGCUACAGCAGCUGUGGACCUGGAGACGGACAACCUGAUCCAAACAACCAUCAGGAAAGAGUUUGCACACUGCACCGUUCUCACCAUUGCCCACCGCCUGCAUAGCAUCAUGGACAGCUCGAGGGUGAUGGUGCUCGAUGCCGGUAGGAUAGUGGAGUUUGAUUCUCCGAGUAGCCUGCUUGAAAAAAAAGGUGUUUUCUAUGCCAUGGCAAAGGAUGCAGGGAUAACACAAGCAGAAAUCACAAGUCUAUGAUUUUCUUUUCUUUUUUAAUGCUAGUUUGCGUAAAUUGCUUUUGAAGUUUGAUUUUCUAAAGGUUGUAUUGUGCGUUCAGAGAAAUGUUAUUUUUUUGUGUAUAUUGUAAACACAAUCAUAUUUGAAGUGGAAAUAAUUUUGUAUAUACAGAAAAAAACAUGAAUAAAUGUUUUUCUCAAAUCA